UAUUUUCCUUCCCUGGGCAGCACCAUGGCCCUGAAAGAAGACUUGCUGAAGCCCAUCUGGCACGCCUUCACCGCCCUGGACGUCGACAAGUGCGGAAAAGUGUCCAAGUCCCAGCUGAAGGUCCUCUCGCACAACCUCUGCACACUGCUCAACGUUCCUCAUGAUCCAGUGGCCCUGGAAGAACACUUCAGGGACGAUGAUGAAGGUCCGGUGUCUAACCAGGGGUACAUGCCUUACCUCAACAAAUUCAUUCUGGACAAGAUUGAGUAUUUCCUGAAGAAGCUGGCGGAGGCGAUGGGCAGCGGCUGGCAACAAGCUCUGUUUGAAGAUUAUAAAAUCGGCCUCCACAACAAGCCGAGCGGUCUGUCCGCCUGGGAGCUCAUCGAUCUGAUUGGCAGCGGCCAGUUCAGUAAAGGCACCGACUCCACCACCGUGUCAAUGGCCAUCAAUGAGGUCUUCAGCGAGCUCGUGCUGGAUGUCCUAAAACAGGGAUAUCUGUGGAAAAAGGGCCACAAGAGGAAAAACUGGACGGAGCGCUGGUUCGUCCUAAAACCCAACGUCAUGACCUAUUAUACCAGCGAGGAUUUAAAGGACAAAAAGGGAGACAUCAUCCUGGAUUCAAACUGCUGCGUGGAGUCUUUGCCGGACAGAGAUGGGAAGAAGUGUCUGUUCCUUGUGAAGUGUGUGGAUAAGAGUUAUGAGAUCAGCGCUUCUGAUAAAAAGAAGAAACAGGAGUGGAUUCAGUCAAUCCAAACGGUGGUGAAUCUGCGGAAGAUGGGGAUCUCGUCCCCCCACAAGGACGCCCGCCAGAAACGAAAGGCCAUUCGGCAGAAGUUACAGGCAGAGCAAGAGGAGGUGCAGAGGAAGAUGAAAGACCUCCAGGUGUCCAAUGAGACAAAACAGCAGGAGGUGGAGAUGAUGAGGACGCAACUAAUGGAGGCCGCUGCCCAUGCCGCGCAAGAGGAGAAAAAGCGUCACGAGACGCACAUGGAGCUACAGGACCGCUUCAGAGAGGAGCUGGAACGGGAACAAGUGAUUCGGCAACAAAUGGAAGUGGAGGUAGCGCAGAAGUCCUCAGAGUUGGAGCAGUAUUUGAAGAGGGUGCAAGAGCUGGAACAAAUGUAUCACCGACUGCAGGAGGCGCUAGAUGACGAGAAGCAAGCCCGACUUGAAGAGGAGAGCGCGCGCCUCUUACAGGCCAGACUCCUAGAAGAAGAAGCAACCAAGCGAGCCACGCUGGAGAAGCUCCACCAGGAGCAGGAGCUCACCAUCAAGAUGACGGAGGCUGAGAAGAAGGAACUGGAGACUAUCUGGGAGAUGAAAGACAAAGCUCUACAGGAGGCCAUGCAGCAGCUGGAUCAGCUGGAGAAGGAGCGGAUGGAGGCCCUGGAGCAAUACGAGCAUAUUAAAACCAAUCUAGAGGCCGCAACCAGCAAGACGAAGAGCUGGAAGGAUAAAGUGGCGCAACACGAAGGUCUAAUCCGACUUAUACAGCCAGGUUCUAAAAAUCCCGGACUUAUCACAAACUGGGGACCAGCUUCCUUCACCCAAGGGGAACUGGUGGAGAGGGAGAGGAACUGGCAAGAGAAAAAGAACAGCAGCGCGGACUAGAGCCUCCAUCCCAGCGUGGCCCAGCAGAUAGGACCGCGGCCCGAAAACCAGCCGCUGACAGCGGGAGAGUUUGUGCAUGCGUUAUUUGAAAAAUUGUUUUUAAUCCCCAAGCCGUAUUCACUUCAAAAAGGGAGAUGACAAAAUACCAGCGAGAUACCGUAAUCACAAGGAACCGCCAGACUUUUCCAAAACAAGAAAGAAC